AUGACGACCAAAUUGCCUUUAGUCUCUGUUGCGCUCUGUGGCGAUUCUGCUGUUGGUAAAAGCUGUAUGUUCAAACGUUUUAUAACAGACAAAUUUAACUUGAGUGAGAAGACCACUGUUUCAUGCGAUGUGAGUGUCAAAAAAGUCCAACAUGGAGAUGAAUUUGUGAAUCUCCAACUCUGGGACACUGCAGGCCAAGAAGCGUUCAGGAGUAUGUCGCAAAGCUAUUUCCGUGGUCGUCACGCAAUGUGUUUUUGUUUUGACAUCACUCGCAAAGAGACUUUUUCUGCUGUUCCGGGGUGGGUACGUGAAUUCCAACAGAACCAAAGCACAAGUGCCAAACUCAUGUUAGUUGGGUGUAAGUGUGACUUAAGUGCAAAUAGACAAGUCCCUGUUGAAGAAGCCGAGAAAUAUGCCAUAGAAAAUUCCAUGAUGUACUGUGAAUGUUCUGCAAAACAAGGGACUAAUAUUGAAACUAUCUUUGAUACUAUAGUCUCUCAAGUAAGAGACUCUCAAACCCAUCCUCAAUCAACACAACAAGCACAAAACCCUCAAGACGAUACUAAACGAUUGACUCGAACUGCUUUCACUUCACGAAAACCAGCACCAAACCCUCAAAUUGAGCAAGUCACUAUCACUGAAGUCAAAAAGCCAUUUGAUUUCGCAACAGACUGCUGCUAA